UUUUUCUUUUUUUUUUUUUUUUUCGUUUCUUUCUUGUUUCUUUCUUUUUCGUGAUAGUGUAUACAAGAUGUCUUCCAAAGUGCAAAAGAUUAUGGUUCAACCCAUUAAUCUGAUUUUCAGAUACCUUCAAAACAAAUCCAGAGUUCAGAUUUGGUUGUUUGACAAGAGUGAUUUGAGAAUUGAAGGACAAAUUAUUGGUUUUGAUGAAUUCAUGAACUUGGUUCUUGAAAGUGCUGAAGAAGUCGACAUCAAGAACAAUACGCGCGUCAAAGUUGGCCGUCUCUUGUUAAAGGGUGAUAACAUUACUCUGAUACAAGGUGUUGAAAACUAAAAGAAAAAAAAAGAGCAGAUUUAUAUACGGAAAUGACCAGCCAACACAACAUUGUAUUUAGAUCAAAGCACAGUGUAUGUGUAUAUAUAUAUCUAUUUACAGACGCCAGAUUGU